CCGGCGAAGGGGCGGAGUCUGAGUCCAACGACAGAAGGUGGAACAUCGGAUCAUCCGCAACAAACAGAUUAUAUCUGUAAAGAUGGAAAUGGAUAUCAGUGGAGUGUCCAGGACUCGUGUCUCCAUCUGUCCAGCAGCUGAGAUCAAGAACACAUUGAAGCCGGAGGCCGAGCGCCCUCGCUGCGCCAGCACGCCAUGUUCCCCCAUCAGAGGGACGGUAGCAGGAUACCAGAUCCUGCACAUGGACUCAAACUACCUGGUGGGCUUCACCACGGGCGAGGAGCUGCUCAAGCUGGCCCACCAGUGGUCAGAGGUCCCUCCAGAGAAGGGCUCUGUGUCGGAAGCUGUGACCAGCCCCACCAAGAGCGCCGCCCUCCAGGCCGGGGACCUGGGCGUCCACCGAUCAGCUCGACUCUUCAAGGGGAAGAGCCGCUACUUCCAACCCUACGACAUCCCGGCUGCCAACGGGCGCCGGCGGAGGAGGAUGCCCAGCUCGAGCGACACCUUCCUCAGGUCCCUGGCUCAUGGGGAACCGGGCAGGAGUCUGCGUGCUCCACUACCUCUGUGUCUGCUCAAGGGCACGGGGGCUCAGUCCAAGUCCCUGGACUACCUCAACCUGGACAGGAUCAGUAUCAAGGAGUCCUCGGACACGGAGGUGCUGCAGGUCCAGCUGCAGCACCUCACCCUGCGAGGGGAGCGCGUGUUCACCCGCAACAAGACAUGAGACUCAGCCCAGGCUUUUCUCAGGCGUCCCCCCCCCCCCAGGGUUUAGGUGCUAUUUCCACCUCGGCUUGUUUGUACUCUGAUUAUUUACAGUUCUUUAAGAAGUCGGUUAAUCUUGUUAUAUUAUUAACUGGGGAUUUUACCUCGUACACAUAGAGUCAUGAAGAAGGUCCUCCAGUUAGUCCUCACAUUGUAACGAGGUUGAAAAAUGUGAAUCAUAUAAACUUAGCAAUAACUAGUGAACCUAUUUAUUGGCAGUGUUGUGUGUUUGUGACGCACUCGGCUGAGAAGAGCACAUACACACAGGAUCAGCUUCAAACUGCACCGUUCUGAUCCGGCCAAUCAGAGCGUCUCCCUGCGACGCAUGUUGAUGGAGGUUUUGUGAUUUUCUGUUUAUGCAGACGAGUGUGAAUUUAGCAGGAUGAUCAUUCUAAUAUGUUGCUUAUUUAUUUAUUGCUCUUUUACGCUGUUGGUUAAUAUCAGUGUGAUUUCAAACUUUAUAUUCGUCAUCAAAGUGGAAAAAAACUGAGUGAUGCUCCAUUUAAAUCUGUUUAGUAAAGGUGAGGUUAUUAAAGUAUCCGAAUACUAAUACAUGACAUUUAUAAUUAUUAUAAUUAUUCCCUCUGUCCACAUGUUUCAAUCCAGUUGUUCCUUCAUUUGUUAAAUAUAUUUCAGUCUCUGCUUUCUUUGACUUCACUUGAUGGCACGAGACACGUGUUAGAGAUGAUGUUAUAUUACGUCCUCGGCUCCUCGGACCACGACUCCAUGUUCCGCUCCGUCUCGAUGGAGAAUCCGUCUUCAGAGACUGAAUUUAAUAUUUGAUCCCCAAAAGAUGGCCGUGGGUUUUCCCUUUGUGUCUUACAGCUGGUCAGUGGAGUUAACUGCUGCUGAGUUCAAGUGACAUGUUGUGACUUUAAAUCUGAGUCCAUGUAGAGCGCCGCCCGUGCGUCCUUCGUCCAUGUAGAGCGA